UUUACCAAUGAACUCUUUUUCUGUAGAACCAGAGCAUUUGCCUCACAGUUUGGUUAAUUUAUUUUGUGUUUGUUGUUUUUUAGAAGUCCUAACGGUGAAUCGAGGUCGCUCUCUCCCAACGAUGGAUCUGCUACAGUCAGAGCCUAUGCAAAUAGUUCGAUUGCUCAUUCCAAUCGAAUCAGCUUAUCGAUCCAUCUCUUACCUCGGCGAUCUCAGCCUUUUCCAAUUCAAAGACAUGUGAGGAAAUGGCGCGUAGGCUGCGGUUUUUUAAGGAACAAAUGACGAAAGCAGGUGUAUCACCCUCAACGUGGCCAGCAGUUAAACUUGAAGAACUUGAACCUGGUCUUCAGAUUAACGCAAAUAAUGAGAAGUUGAAACACGCUUACAAUGAGCCAUCAGAGGAUAAACUUGUUCAAAAGAAGAUAACUGCUGAAAGAUCUAUUGACAGCCCAUUAUUAUUGGAACAGGACACGACAACAAAGCAGAUUAAGCUGGGGUUUAUCGGUGGACUUGUUUCGAGGGAAAAAUCAGUUACAUUCGAAAAAAUUCUAUUUCGUGCUACUGGGGGAAACCUUUUUCUCAAACAGUCAAACAGGCCCUGGUUGAACAUUCUGUUCUUGAUCUUUUGUCAGGGGAGAAGGUUUCAGGAAGACUUGCAGAAUUGAAGACUCCAUGCAGGAUUGCUUCACCGGAGCACUCUAUUGCAGACAAUUGGAUAUCACCAUGAGCAGUGGAGCCUUCAGUUUUGUUUCAUUUUAGAUAAAGUAUAUCAUUGUUUUUCAUGUUUUCCUUUUAAGCUUUAUUGCUAAGCUUCUGCAAUUAAUGUGCAUUCCAAUGUUAGCAUUUCUUCCUUUUUAACUUAUUGAUGAAGGAAAAAUGCAUCUAUUACACUCUAAAUAUGCUAAGUAUGAAUGCGACAAAGAAAUGUCCUAUUUUUGCAAUAAACCAGGUCUGUCCUUGAAUUGUGAUUUAAUUUCUGAUGCGUUGUGCUGAAGCAUACGCGUAAUGCCGUUUUUAUGGAUGGCAUAGCUAAUUAAUUUAUUCAAUACUUGGCAGAUUCACAAAGUAUUUCAGCAGUUCUCAAGUUGAGGCGAUAUUUCAGGUUUUAGGGACAGAGGAAUCACAGCCUACCUAUUUUUGCACAAACAAUUUACUUCUUUUCAAGAAAUAGUAGAUGCCUAUGGGUGCUUUAUGUAGCCCUCAGCAUAAGAAUUUCAAAUUUCAUUCUCCUCUUAUUGAAAAAAAUCCUCAUCAGGUAAUUAUGAUUUGACUUGCACUUUCAAUCAUAAAGAAUCAUGCCUAAAUAUUCAAUAAUUUUAAUCCAAUGUGAUGGCGUAUGUUAUACGGGUCCUCUUGGUCGCUCUAACUUUACUCGUUUGUUUAUUUGUUUUGUUAUAGCUGAGAACAAAUAUAGAAAGUGAAAUCACUACAAUAUUAGCUUCUGUCAUAGUUGGUGGCUUGUUAGCAGCAACAAUUUGUCACUCUUUAUUCUUGGAAUGUGACCAGUACAGAUCAUAAAAUAUCUAGGGAUUAAUAUAAAGAGAUUAUCCCCUAUCUUUAUAAUUGCAUUAUGAGUCCCGCCAAAAUGCGCUGCCCCCCAAUUUUAAAAUGAAACUUUGGUGAAGAUUCCCAAACCCCAGUAACAAUAUAAGAAGUGAAAAAAAAAUUACUUUACCUCCAACUAUUUAUUUUAUUCCUUCUCAUGCAAGCUACCUUGCUCUACUUCCACGAUAUUUUCCAUUCUUCUUCAUUCUCGAUUAAGUCUCAUUUCCUCUUUGUUUUCUUUGCCAUGGAUCUCAUGUGGUCUAAAUUAUAGAUUUAUCAUCUUUUACAUUGAUUUGUUUUUCGUAGGUCAACAUAGAAAUAGUGUAUUUUAUCUCUCUAUUGUCAGGAUAUGUUGACAGCUAUAGCCUAUAUAGGUAAGAAAUCAAUCUUAGGCCCGUAAAUCAUGCAAAAAAAAAAUAAAAUCUCGAUUAGAUCGAAGUUUAUAUCGUAUUUAUAAAUUAUCAUAUUAACCCAACAUUUUCCUACUCCAAUGAUGUAUCAAGUAUAUUAAAUUUAUAGUGUAGCAUACUUUUUGAAAAACUGGGGACUGGCAUAAGAUAAUUAACUCUUUUGGCCAACAUCCCAAGAUACAGGUUUCCAAUUUUUACAGACCUUACAAAGGUGACAAAUGUAUUUUAUGUAAUCAAAUUAGGAUUUGUGUUUUCUUUUAGAGUGUGUCUGGCUAGCCUUUCUAUUAAUAUCUAAUAUUGCUGAUGUGUUUUUUGCCACAGUAAUCAAGUCAUCAAAGUCCAAUAACCGAUUCUUUGUGGCUUCUUGAUCUAUUGAUAAUCAACCUGAAACUAAAAUAAUUGUUAUUUCUUGACAGAGUCGUCAAGUACCACGAAGCAAAUCCUGGUUUAUACGCAAUUAUAACGUUUCCAUUCCUUUUUUUGCUGUAAUGUUCGGUGACUAGGGUCAUGGCAUAUGCCUACUACUGGCUGCUUUGUAUCCCGUAAUCAGAGAGAAAGAAUUUUCCAGUCAGCUACUUAACUCAAAGUCAUCGAUUUUUUGUAGUCAAUCCGAAUAUUUCCUCCUGUUUUAUUUUAUGUCUAUCAGUUUGUUCAAUGUUGUUAAUAACGACGGAAACUCGGAGACUUAAUGGAAAUGGCUUUUGGUAUACGCUAUAUUAUUACGAUGAUGGAACUCUUCUCAAUAUGAACUGUCCACUGUUUCAUUGAUGUUAGCUUGUCUUACUACUUUUGGCACUUGUUUUUUGUACCAUGGAUGCUAGCACCGAAGCCGUUUCUCCCGAAGAAGCAACAUGAAGAAAGGCGUCAAGGUCAAUCUUACUCUUUGCUAUACAAGACGGAUGAUCCUGUCGAAUCAGAGUCACAUAGUGUUCCCCGUGACCAUGAUGAGUUUGACUUCAGCGAGGUUUUGGUGCAUCAACUCAUACAUAUAAUCGAAUUUGCGCUUCGAUCUACGUUUUCGGGCCCUCAGGUUGGUAGUUGAUAGCCUUCGAUUCUGGUCUGUAAAAUUUUGUUUCAAUUAAUCAAAAUUCAACAUGGACAUGGAAA